AUGAAUCAUUGCGACAAUUACUUUCAACUCUCUGAGACUGACAACUAAAAUAUACAAGCCAUUAAAUCUAAAUGGCGAUUCCAGAACAAUUCCAUUAAUGGGUAACCAUAACUAAAAAUUGAAUUUGAAGAAUAACCUUAAAAAUCAUUUCAAUUACCUGAUGUCUUUUUGACAACAAGAUAAAAUUAACAUAAAGUUUAACAUUGUCAUAUGACAUAGCAAUCAUUUCAUGAAAUCCCUAAAAAAAGUAGAAAAGGAAGCAAUAUAAGUUUAAGCAGUUUAGAGGUUUCACCGAAAAUUCCAAUCUUAAAUAAAAGCAAACAAGAGAAAUUUAAAGAAUUAUCAGAUUUACAAAAGAGUUAUUCUUAAUACAAGUAUAUCUAUUAUUCUUAUAUCUAACAGAAAAUCAUUUCAUAAAGUUAAACAUUAACAAUAAACAUAAUAAUUCAAUACAUCUACAUAUUUAUAAUAGGAAUCAUCAUUUUUGUUCAAUGGAGUUAAGUUACCAUACAGUUUAUACAUGAUUAAUAAGAAUAGACAAUUAGCUAUUAGUAAUAUAAUGUAAAAUGCAAAUGUCCAAUUGUAAGAACAAUCCAAAUAAUAAAUCGAGAUGAUCGACAAUUAAAUAAAAAAAGUUCGUAAUAUUGGCCCUUAUUUAAGGGAGUGAACAUCAGAAUAGGUAAAAAGUGAAAGAAUACAGAAGCCGAUCGUACUUAUAAAAUGCCUAUUAUUCAAUGUUGUGUGUGAACUAGGACUCCAAGAGGCGUCUAAAGAAGAUUAUUUAAGGAAAAUUUCCAAUGGAGUCUAGAUUUUAACAGUUAUGA